AUGUCGAUUCAACGCACAGCUGAAUCGGCUUUACAUGCACUUCAAGAGCUUUAUAAUGCAAUUGAUGUAUCAAGUCAACAACAAAGUUCAAUGUCAGUCAAUGAUAGCGAAAAUCUUGUACAAGCGCUCUGUAAUCUUUCACAACUUAUCAAUCAUAUUAAUCAGACAGGCAUGUGUGGUUAUACACCUAUAAUGAAUACGAAUUUAGAUUCAAAACGAUUUGGUAGAAAAAGGAUAAACACAUUCAUCGCUCCUCAUUUAACUAAUUAUGAUGAAAAUAUAAUGAUGGAUUCAGCAAUAAUUGAACCAUCAUUACAACCAGGACAACCUUAUGGUGAAUGUGUAAUGUAUCAUCCUAUUCGUAUAAUAACAACUUGUGCUGAUGGAUCUCGUGCAUUACAUGAAAGUGAUGUUGUAAUAAAUGAAGGACAAUAUCGGAGAGAUCAUGGCAAACCAAGUCAUAGUGGAUCUAGAAGAUCUCGCAUGUCUCAUCGAAGUCAACGAUCAACUCAUGGACGAGCAAGUCAAUCACGUGAUCGUAGCUCACGUUCAAGUCGUCGAUCAUCUAGUUAUUCGCGAAGUUCAAAAAGUCGACGCCGACGAUCACAAAAUCAUGGACGUAGAAGUCGAUCAAGUCAAAGAGGAAGUCGACGAUCUCGUUCAAGUCGUAGUCGAAGUCGUCGACGAAGUUCACAUAAACGUCGAUCAGCAGUUUUUCAAAAUCGACAACAUCAUCAUCAUCAAAUACCUUCACAUCUAGCUUCAAAUAUAACAAAUCCAACUACUUCAUCCUAUCCUUCGAAUCAAAUUGGUUCAACAACAAUGGGGAUUCAACCAUCAACACAGCAGCCUUAUAUUCGUUCGCUGCCUUCACCAGCUCCGAUUACAACUAUCAGUAAUGGUCGUAUACUACCAUCGCCAACGUUCACUCCAACCAUACCUUUACCUCCACCUCCAGCUAUUUCUGCCUUACAUCAUCCUCAUUCUUCUUCACAAAUACCAAUGCAACAACAUCACCAACUACCUUCUUCUUCUACUAUUCGUGAUAAUAAUACUUUUCUACAUCGACAUGUUAACAAUCCAUUAAGUGAUCAAUCUUCAACAUAUCAACAAGUACCAACAUCAACAAUAAGUACAGGAAAUACAGCAUUAUUAUCACAACAGCAACCAUUAUCAUUAUUAUCAUCUACAGAUCCUAUGUUGAAUAUUCCCAUUCAAAAUGAUGUUUUAUCUUCUGGUACUAUACCACUUCAAACAACAAAUAGUGCAUUGAUAUCACGUUCAGAUAAUUGUCCAGAAUGUCGAGCUAUAACACGUCUUCUUCAAUGGGCACCAUUGAAAUGUUAUGAUGCAGCAGGAAUACGUCGUGGAGUGUUUUUGGCUGGACCAAAAAGUGGACAAUUACUCAAAGCACUUUAUUCAUCUAUAAAAGAUUCAUCUUUAUCAUUAGAUGAUAUUGAAAAUUGUUCAUGUGAUGAUGAAUAA